AUGGUAGAGAAGAAGAUGGUGAAGGUGCAAAGGUGCCUGAGCCGCUUGCUAGAACUGUUGUUUGGGGGUGAGGAGGAGAAUGUGUGGGUUGACAACAGGAGGUUGUGCAGCUUGACAUUAAAGAAACUGGUAGUCUUAAAGGAAUUGGAUAAGGAGCUUAUUUCUGGGGUCAUUGCUGUCAAAAUGCAGGGCUCCAAGCGCAUCCUGCGGUCCCAUGAGAUCGUAUUGCCCCCGAGUGGACAUGUGGAGACGGAGCUUGCACUGACCUUCUCACUGCAGUACCCUCACUUCUUGAAGAGAGAAGGCAACAAGCUUCAGAUCAUGCUGCAGCGGCGGAAGCGGUACAAGAACCGAACCAUUUUAGGCUACAAGACUCUGGCUGUGGGAUCUAUCAACAUGGCUGAGGUCAUGCAGCACCCAACAGAAGGUGGCCAGGUUCUGAGCCUUUUCAGCAACAUCAAAGAGGCUGCAGUGAAGGUAGCAGAAAUCUGGAUCUUCUCCUUGUCGAGUCAGCCAAUUGACCAUGAAGACAGCACUAUGCAGGCCAGCCAGAAAAUCAAGUCUACAGACAACUAUUCCGAGGAGGAGUACGAGAGCUUCUCUUCUGAGCAGGAGGCCAGUGAUGAUGCCGUACAGGGCCAGGAUUUGGAUGAUGAUGAGUACGAGCUGGGGAAGCCCAAGAAGCAGCGGAGAUCGAUACAACAAAACUUCAAACAGAAGGUUGUGGCACUGCUGAAGAGGUUCAAAGUGUCUGACGAGGUUCUGGAUUCAGAGCAGGACCCGGCAGAGCACGUUCCAGAGGUGGAGGAGGAUUUGGACCUUCUGUAUGAUACACUGGAUAUAGAGAACCCCAGUGACAGUGGGCCAGAAAUGGAGGAUGAUGACAGUGUUUUGAGCACUCCAAAGCCAAAGUUAAAACCUUAUUUUGAAGGACUUUCACACUCCAGUUCUCAGACAGAAAUUGGUAGCAUCCACAGCAUCAGGAGCCAGAGAGAGCCAUCAAGUCCUGUAGAAGUGCCUGAAAAGACAAAGAGUCUUGGAACCAAACAUGCAGGCGACAGUCUUUCUGACACUGUCUCUUAUGAGUCUAACCAGCAAACCGAGGCCCAGGAAACGGAACUUCCCACACCAGAUGUGUUUGUGGAGAAGCUCCCACCCAGCGGGAAGAUCACUAAGACUGAAUCCCUCAUUAUCCCGUCCACCAGGUCUGAAGGGAAGCAGACGGGACGUCGGGGAAGGAGCACCUCUUUGAAGGAGAGGCAGCCAGUGAGGCCACAGAACGAGAGAGCGAACAGUCUGGACAAUGAACGUUCUCCAGACACCCGGCACCCCUUACAGAUCCCCAGGAAAACGGUAUAUGACCAACUAAAUCACAUCCUGGUUUCCGAUGACCAGCUGCCGGAAAACAUUAUUCUUGUCAAUACUUCUGAUUGGCAAGGCCAGUACCUAUCAGAUGUCUUGCAAAAGCAUACCUUGCCAGUGGUCUGCACGUGCUCCUCAGCUGAUAUUCAGGCAGCUUUCAGCACUAUUGUCUCCAGGAUACAGAGAUACUGUAACUGCAAUUCACAACCUCCAAACCCAAUUAAAAUUGCAGUGGCCGGAGCCCAGAAUUACCUCAGUGCUGUAUUGAGGCUCUUUGUAGAGCAGCUGUCUCACAAAACCCCAGACUGGCUCGGCUACAUGAGAUUUUUGAUCAUCCCUCUAGGCUCUCAUCCAGUGGCCAAGUAUCUGGGGUCUGUAGAUUAUAGAUACAACAACUUCUUCCAAGAUCUAGCCUGGAGAGAUCUGUUCAACAAACUUGAAGCACAGACCACUGUUCCAGAAGCUCCUGAUGUUGUCUCCCGGAUAACGCAGUAUAUAGCAGGGGCAAACUGUGCACACCAGUUGCCCAUUGCUGAAGCGAUGCUGACGUACAAGCAGAAGAGCCCUGAUGAAGAAUCUUCACAGAAGUUCAUUCCCUUUGUCGGGGUGGUGAAGGUUGGAAUAGUGGAACAAUCUUCUGCAACGUCAGGUGACUCCGAUGACGCAGCUCCCUCAAGCUCCAGUGUCCUUUCUUCUACCCCACCUUCUGUGUCUCCUGCUGUGAAAGAAGCCUCCCCCACACCACCUUCCUCACCGUCUGUUACAGGCAGCUUCUCAUCCUCCAGCCAGAGCCUUGGUGCUGAGUUGAUGGGCCUGCAAGUGGAUUACUGGAUUGCAGCACCACUCAUGGACAGAAAGAGAGACCCGGAGAAGAAGGACCCCUCCACUACCAAAAACACACUGAAAUGCACUUUCCGGUCCCUCCAGGUCAGCAGGUUACCGGCCAGCGGUGAGAUUGCCACCACUCCAACAAUGUCCAUGACCGUUGUGACAAAAGAGAAGAACAAGAAAGUGAUGUUUUUGCCCAAGAAAACAAAAGACAAGGAGGUUGAGUCAAAGAGCCAGUGUAUCGAAGGAAUCAGCAGGUUGAUUUGCACAGCGAAGCAUCAGCAGAACAUGCUGCGGGUCCUGAUCGACGGGGUGGAGUGGAACGACGUCAAGUUCUUUCAGCUGGCAGCACAGUGGUCCUCUCAUGUCAAGCACUUUCCCAUCUGCAUAUUUGGACACUCCAAAUCUAACUUCUAGCCAUGCUCGGCCGAGGGACCCUCUGUCCGUCCCGGGGACUGCACACCAGGAGCCAGGAAUUGCGUGCCAACUCUGACUCGCGUCGCUCUGCCCUCUCCUGCAGAAUUAAUUACAGAUGUGCUUGGAUUACUUUUGAAUUACUUUUUUCUAUUAACUCUUUAAGUUUACUACAAGGGAAAGAAACCCCUUUAAACAAAGGCAAAAAAACCCAGUCUUAAAUAUAGAUGUGCUGACAACGUGAAGUUGUGGGGGAGUUGGCAGGAGCAGGCAACCUGCCCAAGAACACCUACCACUUACGAGCAGAUAGCUGAAUAACUCCACUGCUUAUUAACCUGAGACCUCAUUGGUGUGAGUGGACUGGGGGAGCCGUGGAUCAGCUCAAAUGGAUUUUCUGGAAGAUCAUGUGCGCUACAGUACGUUUGACCCCCUCCCUCUGUAUUUCUAGGGAAAAAAGAUGGCCAGUCUUUCUUCCUGCUGCCAAAGGACGAGAGAUCAGCGAGUCUGGAAGGAAUUCAACUGUCCAGUUUGAAAAACAAAC